CCAUGACGGUGUCGUUUAGGUUUGAAUAACGGGAAGCGUGUUUAUGGGCUAUGGCUUCCAGCACAGCAGACACUGACAGCUCGGCUAAACCGCACCACUGAACACGAAGAAGAAAAAGGGAGGGCGAUGGCGGGAAGGGCUAAACGGAAAACCUCUGCUUCUGCUUCACCCUCUUCUUCUGUUCCUUCCCGCAAACUAGUGUUGAACAUCAAAACAAGCAGGGGGAUGAAGAGAUCACUGCGGCAGGCUAAUUCGAGAAAGAAACCCAAAGCAAAACAAAAGAUUGAUGCUAAGAAGCCAAAGAAACCUCCCACUGCUUUCUUCUACUUCUUGGAGGAUUUUCGUAAAGAAUUUCAAGAGCAGAACCCCGAUGUCAAGUCAAUGCGAGAUAUUGGCAAGGCAUGUGGAGAGAAGUGGAAAACGAUGACUUAUGAGGAGAAGGUUCAAUACUAUGAUAUAGCAACAGAAAAGCGCGCAGAAUUUGAUAUGGCAAUGGCAGAAUAUAAUAAGAAAAUGGAAAACGGUGAAUUUGAAGACACUGAUGAAGAAUCGGAUUUUGAUGAAUAAGACCCAUGUAAUUAUUAUUAGUUAGCUAGAUAGAAGGUUUGGAACUGUUUGAAUUAAAGCUGCUUGGUCUGAAAUUGUACAUCUAGUUUGUAGUCAUCUCUGCUUUAUCCUUGUGAAUAACUAUCAUUCUCUCUAUCAAUUUUUUGUGUAAAGUACAUCUGUUAAUUCCAUUUGGAUGCUUAGUAAUAGAAUUGCAGAUUUUUGGGCAUAA